CCCCUCCCCAACCAGGAGGGAGCAGGGCCAGACUGGACAUGAAGAUGAACAGGAGGGAGCCCUCCUCCUGUGGGUGGAGCUGGAUGGGAGAGGAAGCAGCCAGCCCAGGGGGGCUGCCACUACUCAGCCCCCAAAGGAGGCGCUCUGGGAGCUGGGGUGAAGUCAUGGCAGCAGGAUGGUGCAAACGCUGGAGCUGUGGUUCUGGAAGUACAUGUGCCCUGAGCCUGUUGGUGGAGGCUGACCACCAGUGUGCUAGGACAGGGCCUGGAGAAUUCUGGGUGCCAGGCUGGAGCGCUGCCCAUUCGGUCCUUGUCCCAAAGGCAAACAAACAAACUGGGGCCUUCGUUGGCCAAGUUGCACUUGGAUCAUUCCAAACAGCUUUCUGCAGGACCUUGUGUGGCUCAGAGGACCGAAGUGGUGAGAGCAGAGGCCUGGCAGUCAAUGCUUUUGGGCUCUAUUCUCAACUGCAGGAGGGGAGUGUGGACUGGUGUCUCACAAAACUGGGUGACUGGGCAACAAAAUGGCAGAUGAAAUUCAGUGUUGCUAAUGCGAAGAAAUGCCCAUUGGAAAACAUAAUCUCAACUAUACAUAUAAAAUGAUGGGGUCUAAAUUAGCUGUUACUACUCAAGAAAGAGAUGAGAGUCACUGUGGAUAGCUGUCAGACAACGUCUGCUCAAUGUGCAGCGGCCAUCAAAAAAAGUUAACAAUGUUAGGAACCAUUAGGAAAGGGAUAGAUAAAUUAGAAAAUACCACAAUGCCUCUAUAACUCCAUGGUAUGCCCACAUCUUGAAUACGGUGUGUGGUUCUGGUCGCCCCAUCUCGGAAAAGGUACAGAGAAGGACAACAAAAUAGUUAAGGGUAUGGAACAGCUUCCCUAGGAGGAGAGAUUAAAAAGACUAGGACUUUUCAGCUUGGAAAAGAGCCGCCUAAGGGAUUAUGAUAAAGGUCUAUAACAUCAUGAAUGGUGUGGAGAAAACAAAUAAGAAAGUGUUAUUUACCCAAUGAAAUGAACAGGCACCAUGUUUAAAACAAAAGGACCGUACUUCUCACAACGCAGUCACACUGUGGAACUUGUUGAGGGCAUGUUGCGAAAGCCAACACUGUAAUAGGGUUUAAAAAAGAAUUUGAUAAAUUCAUGGGAGGCUAGGUCCAUCACUAGCUGUUAGCUAAGGUAGUCAUGGACACAACCCCAUGCUCUGGGUGUCCCCAGGCCUCUGACUGCCAGAAGCUGGGACUGGUUGACUGGAUGGAUCGCUUGAUAGUUGCCUUCUGUUCCUUCCCUUUGAAGUAUCUGGCACCAGCCACCAUUGAAAGACAGGAUACUGGGCUAGAUGGACCAUUGGUCUGACCCAGAAUGGCCAUUCUGAUGGCUAGGGGAGGAGACUGGCAGCCAGGGCUUCAGGCUUCUAUCCCUCAGUUAUCUCUGCAACUACUUUAUGAUGUUCCUAGGUUGUGCCUGGCUGUCGUGCUGACUGCUGUCCCCACCAUGGCUGCCAGUGACGUCGUAUCAGCCGCCCUACAGGACUCGUGGGGGGACUUCUGGCUCUUCCGGUUCUUCCUCAAUGCUGCGGGCUAUGCGAGCAUCAUGGUACCGGGGUUUCUGCUCAUCCAGUACUUCAAGAGAAAGAAUUACCUGGAGACAGGCCGUGGCAUUUGCUUCCCCAUCAUCAAGUCAUGCGUCUUUGGCAGCGAGGCCAAGUCCGCACACCCAGAUGAUGUCUCCCUGGCAGCCCGGAAUGAGACCAUGGAGUCCUCAACGGCCCAGCAGGUCCUCAAGCUGCUCUUCUGUGCUGCUGGCCUCCAGGCUUCCUACCUGACGUGGGGUGUCCUCCAGGAGCGUGUCAUGACCCGGACGUAUGGGGCCACUGAGACCAAUCCUGGCGAGAAGUUCAAAGACUCCCAGUUCCUGGUCUUCAUGAACCGGAUCCUGGCCUUCACCGUAGCAGGCCUGUAUUGUGCCCUGACCAAGCAGCCACGCCACGGCGCCCCCAUGUACAAGUAUUCUUUUGCCUCACUCUCCAACAUCCUCAGCAGCUGGUGCCAAUACGAGGCACUCAAGUACAUCAGCUUCCCUACCCAGGUGCUGGCCAAGGCCUCCAAGGUGAUCCCAGUCAUGCUGAUGGGCAAGCUGGUGUCACGCAAGAGCUAUGAGUACUGGGAGUACCUAACGGCAGUGCUUAUCUCGGUGGGGGUCAGCAUGUUCCUGCUCUCCAGCGCCCCCGACAAGCACCUCUCCACCGUCACCACCUUCUCAGGCGUGGUCCUCCUGGCUGGCUACAUUGUCUUCGACAGCUUCACCUCCAACUGGCAGGACGCCCUCUUCACCUACAAGAUGUCCCCGGUGCAGAUGAUGUUUGGGGUGAACGUCUUCUCCUGCCUCUUCACGAUGGGCUCGCUGCUGGAGCAGGGCGCCCUGCUGGAAUCAGCCCGCUUCAUGGCCCGCCACUCCGAGUUCGCGGUCCACGCCGUGCUGCUGUCCAUCUGCUCCGCCUUUGGCCAGCUCUUCAUCUUCUACACCAUCAAUCAGUUCGGGGCGGCCGUCUUCACCAUCAUCAUGACGCUGCGCCAAGCUUUUGCCAUUCUGCUCUCCUGCCUCAUCUACGGGCACGCCAUCACCGUGGUGGGUGGGCUGGGCGUGGCCGUGGUCUUUAUGGCUCUCUUCCUGCGUGUCUAUGCCCGCAGCCGCAUGAAGAAGCGUAGCAAGAAGCUGCCCGCCAGCGAGGUCCCAGUACAGAAGGUUUAGGGGCCGUGGCACAGACUGUGCCCUCCUCCCCUCUCCCACUGCAGGGCACUUGCUUUAUUUCUCUUCAUGAACCUACUGAGGAGUGGGGGAGAAACAAUGACUCCCUUUGCCAACUGCUUUUCCUGGACAAGGAGCUGGAGUGGGCUUGGAGGAAGCGAGGUGCUUUCCGGGCCUCCACCGCACCUUUCUCCUGUUGCCUUAAUAGGUCUGAGUAUUUCAAUUCCCUGAGAUGGCCCCAGGAAGGGAGCAGGGGGCAGGUCUAGUUCCCAGGAGUGCAGGGGGGUUAACUCCUGCCCUAGCUCCAUCUGGUACUUGGGGCUUCUCUUUAAGAUUAUUUAUGAACAACGGAGCUUUAUUCCCUGGCACUUUCUUGUCUCCAGCUUCACUCCCCAUUUCUUUCCUCACUACAGAGCCAAUAGCAGGGAACGGCAAGAAAACACUAUCAUUUUUCUUUACAAAUAUGUAUGAUUGGGAUGGAAGCUCCAGUCUCAGCCUGCCCCAGCAGCAGGUGGUGUAGGGAGUGAGGCAGGAGUGCUGGCUGGACGCGGGGGGGGGCUCCCAGCUAUGUCAGUCCCAGCCUUUCCAACAGGAGGCACUGUAGGGAAUGGGGCAGGAGCGUGGGGCCUCCCUAGCAACAUCCCAUUCCAGGGCUGGUAAAAGAGCUGCUGUAUAACAGUCUGGAUUUGUGGCAGGUCAGUGCACUACGCUGUCCCUGCUGGGAGCCUUCUCCAUUUCUGUCUCCUGGCCCGGCUCUUACGCUGUGAUGCACGCAGGCUCCAUUCUGUUUGCAUUUUGUGCUGCUUUUCCUUUCUCGUUUACGUUUACUCUUGUCAUGGGUUUGAACUAGAACGCCCAGGAUCCCCUGAGAGCGCUUUCUGCUCUCUGGCUUUGGGAAUUUGGAAUUGGCUCCUACCGUUUAGAAAAGCACAAAGAUCCCCUUCCUGAAAUAUCCCUCCUUGUUUCUCCUUUUCCUGCAAGCAGGAGGUGCCAGCAUCAGCCCACUCAGCAGCCUGGCGAGGGCUAUGUGAUAUGCAGCGAUCCCAGAGACAGGACAAAGCCCAGCCAGGUUCCUUUUCCCUGCACGGGGCUGCUCUCAAUCCUGGGUGCAGGGAGCCACUUGCCCUGGCUACACCUCGGGAACCUGGGUUUGACGCAGUAACUGUUUUGUCUCCAAACAGACCGGGCCCCCCCAUCUGCUAGGGGAAUGGUUUGGGUACUUUUAAAAUGCAACUUGGUCUCUUUUUAUUUUAUUAAAUUAAAAAGCUGCUGCAAA